CAACAAUUUCCCCUUCUGUAGAUAGUCUUUUCAGUCUGUUCAUUGUGUUCUUGGAUGCACAAGUUCUAAAUGUUGGUGUAACCCAAUGUAUCGUCAUUUUGUUGCCUGUGCUUUUGGAGAAAUUGCCAAGUCUAAUGACAUAAGCUUUAUGUCAUGUUUUCUUCUAAGAGUUUUUUAGGUUUAGGUCUUUAAUCCACGUUGAGUUAAUUUUUGUGUGUGGUGUAAGGUAUGGCUCCAACUUCAUACUUUUGCAUGUGGGUAUCCGAUUUUCCCAACACCAUUUGUUGAAAACCAUUUGACUGUAUAUGUUAGGUUUUAUUUCUGGGCUCCCUAUUCCUUCAUUGCUUUUAUGGCCGAACACUAUUCCAUUGUGUGGCUCUACCAUUUUUAUUUAUAUUGUAUCUCGGUAUUUAAUCACUGAGCCUUGUAACAUCUGAGCCCUUGCCUGGGAUCCUCCCUGGGAUCAUCAGAACAUCAUGCCCUUUGAAAAGAGUGUCUAUUUUGCUUGCUUACAAAGAAAGCUGGCAGUGUAUUCCGGGGAAAGGCAAGCUCGGUUGCUGAGCUUUCUCCCUCUGUUACAAACCUCUCAGCAAAACAGAAGUAAUUCAUUUUGCACUCCCCACUGCUGGUCCGCGCAGUAACACCCUCUGUACCUGGAGAAUGUGCCCACCCCAACCCAUGUGCCAAGUGUCCGUCUGGCACACAAGCUUCAUGUUUGUUUCUGGGGAGGAAGGAGAACACCAGCGCUUCCUGGGUGCUUUUGGCCACACGCAUUAUCUCAUUAUCUCGUCUGGUAUAUUCCUCGCAGCAAGCCCUCCACCUCGGUACUGCUAUUCACUGGGGAGGAAACUGAGGCUGGGAGGAGGUAAGUACCUUGGCCAAGGCCACAACGCGGGCACGUGGAGGAGCCCAGGAGUUGGCCAAGCGCACAGCGCAGGGAUUCGCGCGUCACUGAGGGUCAGAAGCCCCGGGCCCUGGCGACCACUGGCCUGGGAGCUUCUGGCAGCCCAGGCUCCUGGGCCCACCUGUGCGCGGCCCCCAACGACUGCUUCCUGUCUGGGCGCAGACUGCAGGAAAUAUCAUGGAGACCCAGAGCUCCCUCCAGGUGCAAUGCCAGUUCUGAGGCUGGAAAGCUUGAGUGUAGAGAGGAAAAAGUUGGUGCUUUUUUUACUCUCUCGCCGCCUGACGUCGGAAAUUCCGCCCCCGUCUCCGUGGAAACCCGGCGUCCGUAGCCGCAGUCACCAGGGGCGGAGCUCCGAGCCGCAGCUCCGCCCCGAGUUCGCAGCGGCUCCCAGGUGGGGAGCAAUCACUGUCACCCCGGAUCCCCUCCGUUCCUCUUCUCGGCUGCCGUCCCUCCCGUCGGCGUUCGUUCCCCCAAACCACAUCCUGGAGGCGCUCUUCUGCCUGGCCCUCAGCCCGGCGGGCGCACCGGGCGUCGGGGCCUGAGAGCCGCGCGCUGCCUCCCGAUCCCCGCGGCUCCCCCCUCGGCGGCGCUGAUUGGCCGCUCCCGGGCCUUCCCCUGCGCGGGCUCCACUGCCCAGCGGAAAGUUUUCUGUGUCCGGGGGAAGUUGGACCUUUGGAGCCUGGGAGACAGCAGCUCCCGAGGCUGCGGGGCUCUGCGCGGCCAUGGAGAUGGAGGAGCCCCCUUUGCGAGAGGAGGAGGAGGAGGAAGAGGAGGAGGAGGACGAGGCUGGCCCCGAGGGGGCUCUGCGCAAGAGCCCCUUCCAGCUGACCGCCGAGGACGUGUAUGACAUCUCCUACGUGGUGGGCCGCGAGCUGAUGGCGCUGGGCAGCGACCCCCGGGUGACACAGCUGCAGUUCAAAAUCGUCCGCGUGCUGGAGAUGCUGGAGACGCUGGUGAGCGAGGGCAGCCUGGCGGCGGAGGAGCUGAGGAUGGAGCGGGACAGCCUCCGGAAGGAGGUGGAGGGGCUGCGGAGAGAGGGCGCGGCGGCCAGCCCCGAGGGAAGCCUGGGACCAGGCAAGAUGGUGGUUGACCUGAGCGACCCCAACCGGCCGCGCUUCACUCUGCAGGAGCUGAGGGACGUGCUGCAGGAGCGCAACAAGCUCAAGGCGCAGCUGCUGCUGGCGCAGGAGGAGCUGCAGUGCUACAAGAGUGGCCUGAUUCCAGCAAGAGAAGGCCCGGAAGGGAGAAGAGGAAAGGACUCUCUGGCUGCCAGGGCCAGCAACGCCAGCAGAGACAAGGAGGAGAAGACCAUCAUAAGGAAGCUGUUCUCCUUCCGAUCUGGGAAGCAGACAUAGAUCCGAGGCGGCCAUUCUCAGAUCCUAGAAGACAACCCACCAGGAAGACUUCCCAGUCUGCUCAGUGCCACGCGGACCCACUGCACUCGCUCAUGUGUUUCCCCUCAGCGCCGUCUGAGGAGCGAGGAGGUGAGGUUCUCUCUCCAUCACCGUCUCCCCGGCUGCAGAACUGGGCACCCCCGGAGGCUUGGCCAGGGCAGGGCAAGUGGCACCCAGAAAUCAAGAAAGCAGAAGGAAAAGAAAAAAAAAAAGCAGAAGGAAAAGAAAAAACAACAGAAAAUAAAAAAAACGAAAGCAGAAGCAAAGUGCACGGGGGCCACCACCUGCCCACGUCAGCCGUCGAGGGAUCUCAGCGCUCUGCCUCUCCGGCCCCACACUUGACCUUGCUCUUCACUGUGUGGCAGCCCUAGCAGCCAGGCACCAGCCCAGAGGGAGAGGGGAGAAAGCCGGAAAGCGUGGUAUCGACCUUCCGGGGACUUCACUGAUAUUUAGUGACUAUCUGACUUUGCUAACAGGACUUUUCGUUACCAGGAGAUUUUUGUAUUAAAUGACUUCCCUUCUUUAAGUAUUUAGAGUUGUCUCUCAGCUUGUGUGACCUUUCAGGUCUCGGUUUCCACGUCUGUAAACUACGUGUGUAUGGAUAGCUGGUGUGUCUUUGGUGCAUUGAGUCUAAGUGAUGUACCGUUAUUUUGUGUGUCAGUGUGAGAGAAAAAAUGUUACAAAUUAUAACAUGAAGACAC